UGAUCAUUCCCUCAUCUUUGCACAGUUGUGUAAGGGUUUUGUUCAAACCCAGGUAGUAGCCGGAAAAGCUUAAUCCACAGUUUUGCUCAACAAUGGCGUGGAGGCAAUUUCUAUUUUCCAACAAAAGAAUACUUUCAAACUCAUUGCCAUCUGGGUUUGCUAGCUUUUCCUCCAAAUCCAAUCCUUACAUAGUGAAGGUAGGGAUACCAGAGUUCUUGAACGGAGUAGGGAAAGGAGUAGAGACGCAUGUAGAGAAACUUGAAUCAGAGAUUGGAGAUUUCUCGAAGCUUCUAGUUACUCGUACUCUUAAACUCAAGAAACUUGGCAUCCCUUGUAAACAUAGGAAGCUGAUACUGAAGUACACCCACAAAUAUAGGCUGGGACUUUGGAGGCCUAGAGCUGAGCCUGUGAAAGCUUAAUUAACUCACCUUGCUGGUGGUCCUUUUCUUGAAGAAAAACUUUCUGCCUUGAUGCUGAUGCAUUGCACUUCCUUGCAUGGAAAUUUCAAAGGGGCAGUUAUUUGACUUUGAUUAAGCAUC